GGGCUCUGAACACUCAAGCAAAGCAGAAGCCAGCGGCUUCAUCCAUUCCCUUUGUCUUGUUUCUACAAGCGCGAUGGCUUCCAUCAUGGGAGCUCCUCCGCUCCUAAGGAGCCUCUUGUUAGGUCUCUGCAUGGUCUUGCUGACGUUCAACUUCUCCAUUGCUACCCAACAGACUGAAAGGAUCGUUGCCGUGGUCGGCAACGGUGAAUGCUUAGAUUGUGCCCAGAAAAGUAUCGAGAAGGAGGAAGCAUUCAAAGGGCUUCAUGUAGCCAUCCAAUGCAAAACUGGCAAUGGAUUCCACGAGACCAAAGGUGUAGGUUUGCUCGACAAGAGUGGAAGCUUCGAGGUACAACUACCGAGUGAUGUCCUCCGCGAUGAUGGGGAGCUGAAAGAUGAGUGCUUUGCGCAGCUCCGCAGUGCCUCGGAAGCUCCUUGCCCUGACAAUAAUGGACUGGACCAAUCUAAGGUCGUGCUGAAGUCUAAAGAGAGUGGGAAACACACAUUUGUUGUGGCAGCGGGGAAACUGCCAUUCUCAUCGACAUGCACGUCGGCAUUCCAUUCCAAGUUUCAUCCAUUCCACAAGCACUUGCUCAAGUUCAAGCACAAAUUCGACUUCCAUCACCACGACUUCCCCCACAAGCCAAUUAUCAAGAAGAAAUUCCCGCCGAUUCCCAUCUACAAGAAGCCAAUUCCUCCUCUACUACCGGUCCACAAGCUACCAAUUAUCAAGAAGAAAUUCCCGCCGAUUCCCAUCUACAAGAAGCCAAUUCCUCCUCUACCACCGGUCCACAAGCUACCAAUUAUCAAGAAGAAAUUCCCGCCGAUUCCCAUCCACAAGAAACCACUUCCUCCAAUCCCCAAGCCGCCUCUCUUGUACCAUCCUCACCCCAAGUUCCCUCCUAUUGACAAGAAGCCGCUUCAUCCUUUUUACCAUCCUCACCCAAAGUUCCUGUUCCCUCCCAAGCCAAAGUUCUUCAAGAAAAAGCAUCCAAUCUUUCCCCCGGUCAAGGAGCACCCGAUACCAUAAAUUUAUCUGGAAGCUAGUGGUGACAUCGUUUCUUUAUCCUCUAUUUCGUUAGUUUGCCUUCCUCUCUUUUGAGGAUUUCCCUCGUCAGUCAGUUAGUGGUGUAAUAAAGCUUGUGCUCAAGGUGGUUUCGAGUCUUGGCCGAGUGUCUGUCACCCAUUUGUAUUGGAUGAAUAUGUGUGAUUUUCUGGUAUUUAUGUAAGCUUAUGUGAUUAGUAAUGGCAAUAAUUCAAGGGCUUUUGCUUGUAACCAGAAAA